AGGUUCGAGAGGGGGGGAGGCAGGAGCCUCCCCGGAGGCCGAGGCGGGGGAGGGGAUUUCGGGCGAGUCUGCAGCGCGGUGACCUGAGCCCUCGGCUGCGACCAGCGGGGCGGGAUGCAGGGGCUUGGCCGGGGUACUCUGGACCAGAACCCCUCCCGGUCUGCAGAGGGGGGCCCAGGCUCGGCUGAGUAAGGAGGAGUGAGCGGCCUUUCAACCUCAGAGCGGCGCAAAGGGAGGGAUGGAAGACGAACAGGAGCCACCCUUGCAGCCUCGGACGCAGAGGAGGAAUUGCAGCUCGGCGUGAACUGCACAGGCGUAGCCACGCUGCAAGGCUUAACGGAGACGUCAGAUGUACAAAAACGGUCUCGUGCUUGCUUGUACAGUGGAGUUAGACUCAGGGCAGGGUCCUGCUCCAGACCAUCUGUGCAGCUGGCAUUGGUGGAACUUUCCAGUUUGGCUAUAACCUGUCCAUCAUCAAUGCCCCAACCGUGCACAUUCAGGAAUUCACCAAUCAGACGUGGCAGGCGAGGACCGGCCAGCCACUGCCUGACCACCUGAUCCUGAUCAUGUGGUCCCUCAUCGUGUCUCUGUACCCCCUGGGGGGCCUCUUUGGAGCGCUGCUGGCAGGGCCCCUGGCCGUCAUGCUGGGAAGGAAGAAGUCGCUCCUGGUGAACAACGUCUUUGUGGUGGCCGCGGCGAUCCUGUUUGGCUUCAGCCACAGAGCAGGCUCCUUCGAGAUGAUCAUGCUGGGACGGCUGCUCAUGGGAGUCAGCGCAGGUGUGAGCAUGAGCAUCCAGCCCAUGUACCUGGGGGAGAGUGCCCCCAAGGAGUUCCGGGGAGCCGUGGCCAUGACCUCAGCCAUCUUCGCUGCCCUGGGGAUCGUGAUGGGACAAGUGGUGGGACUCAGGGAGCUUCUGGGUGGCCAGCAGGCCUGGCCCCUGCUGCUGGCCAGCUGCCUGGUGCCCGGGGUGCUGCAGUUGGCCUCCCUGCCCCUGCUCCCUGAGAGCCCGCGCUACCUCCUCAUUGACCGUGGAGACACUGAGGCCUGCCUGGCAGCGCUGCGGCAGCUGCGGGGCACUGAGGACUUGGCAGCGGAGCUGGCGGAGCUGGAGGAGGAGCGGGUGGCCUGUCAGGGCCUGCGGGCCUGGCGCCCCUGGGAGCUGUUCCAGGACCGCACUCUGCGGAGGCAGGUGGUGAGCCUGGUAGUGCUGGGCAGCGCCAUGGAGCUCUGCGGGAACGACUCGAUGUACGCCUACGCUUCCUCCGUGUUCCGGGAGGCGGGGGUCCCCCCGGAGAAGGUCCAGUAUGCCAUCAUCGGGACCGGGUGCUGCGAGCUGCUCACAGCGUGUAUCAGUUGUAUGGUCAUCGAGAGGGUAGGCCGGCGGGUGUUGCUGAUUGGGGGGUACUGCCUGAUGACCUGCUGGGGGAGCAUCUUCACAGCGGCCCUGUGCCUGCAGGGCGCCUUCCCCUGGAUGCCCUACCUGGCCAUGUCUUGCAUCUUUGCCUUCAUCCUCAGCUUUGGCAUCGGCCCCGCUGGAGUGACAGGGAUCCUGGCCACGGAGCUGUUUGACCAGAUGGCCCGGCCUGCCGCCUACAUGGUCUGCGGGGCGCUCAUGUGGAUCAUGCUCUUCCUGGUUGGGCUGGGGUUCCCCUUCAUCAUGGAGGGACUGUCCUACUUCCUCUAUGUGCCUUUCCUCGUUGUCUGUGUCUGUGGGGCCAUCUACACGGGCUUCUUCCUUCCGGAGACCAAAGGCAAGACCUUCCUGGAGAUCUCCGAAGAAUUGCACAGACUCAACUUCCCCGAGCGGAGGCAGGGCCCCCCGUGGAGGGGCCCCAAGGUCAUCCAGUCCACAGAGCUGUAGCCCCACAGCGGUGGCUGGGGCUGACAUAGCUUCCGCUCGUCCCUUUGCUUCCUCUCUGUUUACUGGCUCCUGUGUUGGUUCACGUAAUGAGUGCUUAUUAUAUGAGCACCUACUGUGUGCAGGAAUGGUGCCAGGUGCCUAGCAAUAGUGGUGAGCCAGAGAGAUGGGAUCCUGGGCCCCUUGGUGUUCCCCACCUAGAGGCCGUUAACGAACAGGAAACCCAUGAAAACAUAACUACAAACUCAGGGAAACGCAGUGGAAGAAAAAUACAGGUUGUGAAAGGCGUGCACACCCCGGGGGUGGAGGUGCAGGUGGCGCUGACCUAGUUUGAGGGGCAUGCAUGGUCAGAAAAGGAUUUUCUGAAGAAUUGAUUUUUUAAAAAUGAACUUUAUUGUCUCUGGCUGGAAGCUCAGUUGUUUCGAGUGUCGUCCUGAUAGGCCAAAGUUGUGGGUUCAAUUCCCGGUCAGGGCACAUACAAGAAUCAACCAAUGAAUGCAUAAAUAAGUGGAACAACAAAUGGAUGUUUCUCUCUCUCUCCAAAUCAAUAAAAAAUAAAAUUAAAAUCAACUUUAUUGAGGUAUAAUUUGCGUAGAAUAAAAUGUAUCCACAGUGAGUAUACAUGUGAUGAGUUUUGACAGAUUUAUCCACCCAUGAAACUACCAAACACUGCGAUCAAGGUAGAACAUUCACAUCACCCCCAAAUCUCCCUUUGCAAUCAACAGCCCACCCCUUCCCAGUCCCAAGCAACCACUGACCUGUUUUCUGUCACUACAGUCCAGAUUGGCCUCUUAUAUAUCAAAUUUGACAUAAAUCCAUGCUGUAUGUAUGCAUUUGUGCCUGGCUUUGCUCCCGAUAAAGUUUUAAAAAUUCAUGCAGGUUGUUGCAUGUAUUAAUUAAUAUAUACUCCUUUGUAUUUCUGAGUAGUAUUCCACUGUAUGGAUAGGACACAAUUUGCUUAUCCAUUUACCUGCUGGUGGACCUUUGAGCUGUUUCUGAUUCUUGGCCAUCAUGAAUAAAACUGCUGUGAACAUUCCUGCACAG